UCUCCAUUGACACAGAAGCCCUAGCUGUGCACCGAUGCACUUUCUCUCUCACUCAUUCAGCUCGUUGAUUUUUCUCAUUGGUGUAGGCAAGACCUGCCCAGAAAUUGAGCAGGAUUCUCGAUCUCCUUUUAUUAGGCCGAGCAAGAGUUCCACGGGCUUUGGGACUCCCCUCUUGUGUACAGAAGAAACAUGUAGGCUUUCGGAAUCUUUUCUCUCGUAGCCAGACAUCAGCCACUGGAAACAGUCUUCUAGUCCUUCCUCGUCUCCAACAAAACGUCAGCCGCAACCACAUAGGCAAAAUCCAUGCUGAUCUGAGCUAGAUCUGUAGUAGAGAUGAGCUAAGGAAGUGUAGAAGGAGUCGGAAGGAUCACUGAGAAGAAGAAGAAGAAGAAGAAGAAUCUACAGUGAUCCUCCUUCAUGGAGUUGGUACCAAACCCAGAUAGCCCGCAUUCCAAGAACAGCGGUGCCAUCAGUCCCAGUAGCAGGCGGCAGAACUUUAGCACCACCUCCUUGGCCGCUGCCAGCGCUGGCGGAGCUGCCACCUCCUCUUCCCCUCCGUCGUUAAGCCGCUACGAGUCUCAGAAGCGCCGCGACUGGAACACAUUUGGUCAGUACCUCAGGAACCACCGCCCACCGCUCGCCCUCUCCCAGUGCAGCAGCGCCCAUGUCCUGGAGUUCCUCCGCUACCUCGACCAAUUCGGCAAGACCAAAAUUCACACCCACAUGUGCCCCUUCUUCGGCCACCCCAACCCCCCCGCGCCGUGUCCGUGCCCCCUCCGUCAAGCCUGGGGCAGCCUCGACGCCCUCAUCGGCCGCCUUCGUGCUGCCUACGAGGAGAACGGUGGCAAGCCUGAGACCAACCCAUUCGGCGCCCGCGUCGUUCGUCUCUACCUCCGCGAGGUUCGUGAAGUCCAGUCAAAGGCACGGGGCGUCAGCUACGAGAAAAAGAAGCGCAAGAAGCCACCACCACAACAAGAGCAUCACCAUCCUCCGCCGCCUCCGCCCGCAGCCUGAUCUACCUGCAUUAGAUCUAUGUGCGUGCAUUAGCUAUGUGGUGAGCUUCCCUUCAUUCCAUUUGGUUGCCAUCAUCAUCAUCAUCAUCCCUUUAUGUGCUCUUUAAUUCCCAGCUGAUUGAACCUAUGAACCAAACUGCUGCUACAUAUUUAAAAGUAUCUCAUGAGAUGUCGGUUUUGUGCAAUUAAAUCCAUUAUAUGAUCUGAA